GUGGGCCGGGCGCCGCCUCCCGCCUCCCGCCGCCCGCCGGCCUCCGGCCCCGCGCGUCCCCACCCACCGCGGGCCGCCCCCGCCGCCGCCGGCCGGGGAUAAAGUGGCAGCGCAGACGCCGCGCCCUGUCACCGCGGAACCGGCGGCGCGCAGCUCGGCCAGGUGCUGGCCCGCCGCAGACGAGGAUCGCGGACGCCACAGCGCUCUCGGCCCGCCGACCGCCGACCGCCGACCGCCUCCCGCCUCCCGCCUCCCGGCCCCCGGCCCCCGGCCCCCGGCCCAGCCUGCGAGCGCCCGCAGCAGAGGACUGAAGAACCCUCUCAGAAUGCCGGAGGAAGGUUCUCCCAGGAGGACCCCGCAGAGUGUUCCCUAUCAGGACCUCCCUCACAUAGUCAACGCAGACGGCCAGUACCUCUUCUGCAGGUACUGGAAACCCAAGGGCACACCCAAGGCCCUCAUCUUUGUGUCCCACGGAGCCGGGGAGCACUGCGGCCGUUACGACGAGCUGGCUCAGAUGCUGGUGGGGCUGGAGCUGCUGGUGUUUGCCCACGACCACGUCGGCCACGGCCAGAGCGAAGGGGAGAGGAUGGUAGUGUCUGACUUCCAGGUCUUCGUCCGGGAUGUGCUGCAGCAUGUGGACUCUGUGCAGAAGGACUACCCGGGCCUUCCCGUCUUCCUGCUGGGCCACUCCAUGGGAGGCGCCAUCGCCAUCCUAACUGCCGCAGAGAGGCCAGCCCACUUCUCUGGCAUGGUUCUCAUCUCACCACUGGUCAUCGCCAAUCCGGAAUCUGCGACAACAUUCAAGGACAAACUGAUGUUUUUGAAAGACUUGCUCCGAACAGCAUCAAGAAUGGCGGUAACUUGGAUCCCAUUUCCAGUCUGGGUCCUUGCAGCAAAAGUUCUCAAUCUUGUCAUGCCAAACCUGUCCCUGGGCCCGAUCGACUCCAGAGUCCUGUCCCGGAAUAAAGCAGAGGUCGACAUCUACAACGCGGACCCACUCAACUGCCGGGCGGGCCUGAAGGUGUGUUUCGGCAUCCAGCUGCUAAACGCGGUGUCCCGGGUGGAGCGCGCCCUCCCCAGGCUCACGCUGCCCUUCCUGCUGCUCCAGGGCUCAGCCGACCGCCUGUGCGACAGCAAGGGGGCCUACCUGCUCAUGGAGUCGGCCAAGAGCCAGGACAAGACGCUCAAGAUUUACGAAGGUGCCUACCAUGUUCUCCACAAAGAACUUCCAGAAGUCACCAGUUCUGUCUUCCACGAAAUCAGCACGUGGGUCUCCCAAAGGACAGUGUCUGCGGGAACAGGGUCCCCACCCUGAGCGCACUGGCGGCCAUCCCGCCUGCCGGGAAGCAGCGGGUAGGGGAAGGGGAGUAGCUGGCUUUGCAAAACAGAAACAAAGGCAAUCACAAAUGCAAGAAAUCUCCCAGAGCAGUUAACUUAAAAAAAAAAAAAAAGACAUUCCUGUGAUGGGUCCCCUGUGGGUCUGACACCUGCCAUGGCAGAGUCGCUCCAGGCCCUUCCCAGGUGGAACAGAACGUCCCUGAGAAAAGCCAGGCCUCCUCCCCGCCUCUCCCCUCCCUGCUCCACAAGGUUCCUGGGAACCCCAGCCGUUCCGGGGACACCUGACUGCAAUAAUGGGAGAAGUCCCCCCUCCUGCUCACCCCCUCAUCCCUGCCCAGGACCCCUUCCCCUAGGUGGCCUUGCUCUGCCUAGGGGAGGGGGUGGACCCCGGGAGAUGCAUGUGCCCAGGACCACCCAGGCCCAUGACCCAUGUCUCCUUGGAGGGGAGCAAGGCCUGGCCCAGAAUGGGGAUGAGGCAGGAGACCAGCCCUUCUGUCCCUCUCUCCAGGGCUCCCAGAGGGCCGAGCUAUUUCCGAGAGGAAAUGUCUAAUAUAUAAUAUAUAUUCUAGAGAAGACACUAUUUUGACGGGAGGGUGGGUGGGGCAGGGAGGGGGCGGGGGGUUGAUGGCCGUGGGGCCCGGACUGCCUGCCCAGGGUGGGGGUGGGCUGGCCCUGGGAUGCCCGCAGAGGCACGCUGGCCCCCUGUGCUGGCAGCGCAGCUCCCUCUGGUGGCCACAGAGAGUCAACACCGUAGUCCUGCCCAGUCUACAAGGGGGUGGGCCAGUGAUGCUGGUGGGCUCGCCCCUUCCCCACCUAGGCCCCAGGGGCGCCUGACCCCCCCUCCUAUGGUGCCAACCCCGCCUGUCUGCCUGCCUGCCCCUGGUUGUCAGCAAUAAAUAGGGACCAGCACCCCAGGGAGCACUCCCUCCUCCCACUAGGCCGUGCUGUUACCUCAGGAGUCCCCUUCAUGCAAAACCACUGGGAUAGGGAGCCCAUCCAGGGACUCCCAAGGCCACACAGGCUGGGCCCUCUGAAGUGAGGUGGGUAGGGGGCUCCUACCUUGUCCUCCAGUACCUCCUGUUGUCUGGGCUUGCUCUGAGUUCCCAGAAAGAGGAGCCCCUCCAUCCUCCUUCCAGGGACCCCAACCAUGAAACACAGAUGCUAAGCACCCCUCCCCCAACAAUCGCCCCCCACCCGACUGCAGGUCUGCUCUGACCCUGCCUCGGAGUCACCCACCUGCAAACUCCCAGGCCUCGGAGACCUCCAGCCCAGAUCUUGUCCCCUGGAGCCGUGACAGCUCCUAAAACAUCCCCUGCCCCCCAGGCUGGUGCCCCCACGGCCACUCCCAGGCCGGGCCCUCGGCAUCUGGCACCUGCUGUGGCCAGGACCAUCCAAAGGCAGGUGUGGGCUCCCAGGUGUGGGCGGGGGCACCUGUGCUGCCCACUACCUGUUAGCAGAAGCCAGGACUGACCACCCAUCCACCCUACACAACUGAAAGAGGUGGCCUGCCCUGCCCGGGGAGAGCCUUGAGUUGAUUCUCCUCAACGGUGACAGCUCCUGCCAGCCAGGGGCAGGGGGGAGACCCCGAGGUGCAGCUGAUCCGCCCCCCCACCUGGGGCGCUGAAUAUCCUGAUAGAGACACUCAGCCCAAGCACGGCGUCUACACAGCACCCACCGGGGGGGCGCUGAAUAUCCUGAUAGAGACACUCAGCCCAAGCACUGCAUCUACACAGCACCCUCCCACUAACCCAGUCCCACUGGCCUCCGGGCCCCAGAAUCUUCUGGGGAAACCGGGGUCAGGACCCGGGGCCAGCAGACCUUGCUCCUUCAUGGGGCUGGGGGACACGGGCCUCCAUUCACAGAACCCCCCUCCAGUUGGGAACAGUAAGGAUCCUGUGGGAGCCCCCAGCCCUGCGACUCCUUCUUCCUCUGGCUGAUUAUAAACACACACACAGACCAGUAGGGUCAGGACAACCAUCCACGCAGCCUUCCUGUGUCACUGUCACCGCCUCAGCCACGUCCCUCCGUGUUCACUGUUAGUGGGGACAGUGUAUCCGUGUAGCACUAUUAAAAGAGUCUGUAUGCCACGUUAAUCCUAAUAAAACAGAUGUUUUCUGACA